CACAACCAAAAAGUAAAAUCAUAAAAUUGUGAAAUCGAAAAAGUGAAAUCCGUUGCUGCUAAAAAUCAAAAAUUAAUUUAUAUUUGCUUUUAAAUGGAAAAGAAAAAGGGCAACUCGAUUCCGGGCUCGGUGCUGAGCAGCCAGAACGGUCUUUUGCUGGUUUCUUCCGGGUUGCUGUCCCUGGACCCCCUUUUAGGAGAUGGAAUACCUGUAGGAACCGUUGUACUUAUCGAAGAAGAUCUCAGAGGAUUACACUCGAAAGUGUUACUCAAACAUUUCCUUGCCGAAGGUUUGAUCUCCAAACAUUCCAUAUUCGUUGCUAGUCAGGACGUCAAUCCUUCAAAAUUAGUCAAAGAGUUACCGGCUGUGAUUGAAAACGACGUCGAAUCAACAGACAAUUCAAUAGUAGCCAAUGAUAAAUUAAGAAUAGCGUUCCGUUACGAAAACGUAUCAACCAAACCGAUGGACGAAACAAAAAAUAAAGCCAUCGGUCAUCAUUUCGACAUAUCAAAAAACAUAUCCUUUAGCGACAUAGAAAACUCUGACAUUUUCUAUUGGACCGGUCAGAGGAUCGAAACCGAAUUGAAUAAUAAUUCGUUUUUGAAUCCGUCCUAUCACGAUCUACUCAAGUCAAUUAAAAAUCGUAUCAAAGAUGGGGAAUUUUUUCUUAAAGACGAUAGGGAACAAAAGACAAUACUUCGAAUAGGAAUACAUUCUUUGGGAUCUGCAAUGUGGUUGCCGCCAAGAAAAUCUAUACAUGGACACAGUCAAGAUUUACACAUGUUUAUAUUUUGCCUUAGGGCUUUAGUUAGAUCUGCUCAUGCUGUUGCUGUAAUCACAAUACCGUCUUAUUUAUAUGAUGAAGAAUCAAUUGAAAGAUGUAUCCACUCUAGUGAUAUAGCAAUGAAAUUGCAAUCGUUUAGUGGAACCGAAUUGGAGCACAAUCAAAGCCUGCAAGACUACAACGGGUUUUUUUAUUUGACCAAAUUGGCAGCAAUUAAUUCUUUGGCUUCAAAACAUCCUGGUACAGCCGAGUAUGUGUUUAAAUUACGGAGGAAAAAGUUUAAUAUAGAAGUUUUACAUUUACCCCCUGAUAUACAAGAUGAUAAGGAUAAAAAACCAAGUCUCAUGUGCGGAGGGGGCGGUAAUAAUAAAUUGGACUUCUAGUGAUCAAUGUACCUUAUUAAUUAUAGUUUAUUAUUUAUUGUGGACUAAAUUUCAAAGAGUUUUUAUAUUCCAGUAUUAAUAAAAAAUGCAUUGACCAAAAAUGUGUUAUUUUGUUGUACAGUGUUUUUUUUUUAUAUAUAUGAAUAAAUCUGUGUUAGAAUGAA